AUGACUGAAUCUAGUGACAAGGUGGUGGCAGCCAAAAAUGCAUUAUUUGUGGCAUUAGGAGAAAACGUGACCAAGUAUUUGGGAAAUAUGAAAAUGUGGUUCCGGCACAAAUGGUCAAAGGAACAGUUCGAUUACGAAUCCCGAAAACUUCUUACAUCUGAUAAAAUGCAUCUCCAUAACCAAUUUCUUAUAGCGAUUCUCAAUAAAAUCGAUGCAUUUCAAGUGCCACCACAGGUAUCUCCAUACGGUGGAAUCGGUAAUAUCUAUGGAACAAAUAGUUCUUCUGCAUUGCUAGGCAGCAGCGGAAGCGCAAGCAGUAAUAAAAAAGGAAAAAGAAAGAAAAGCUCGAGAAUUUCUAGUGACAGAGUUACUUUUGAACCAUACGACUUUCUAGAUUUUAUUAUGGAAGAUACUAUGAAAAUAAUUAGACCUCCAGCUGGCACAGAGGCAAAUGUUCAAAUAUUACCAACACAAAGAUAUUGUGUCCAGGAACUAUUUCUUCCGGAUGCGGGAUUUAUUUUGGGCCGUUUCCUUAUAGGGGCAUGGGAGUCUGGGUUGAUCAAUGUAGAGGAUAGUGUGGCAGAAUAUGUUGCCAUGGCAGUACAAGUUCUUUUGAAGAACCUAAUUUCAGCCAUUAUAAUGAAGAAGGAGCAUUACAAAGUCACGGGUGAAGGUUCAUUCUUCUACGAUGUGGGAGCACCGCUAAAAGACCCCUCGUUACGGAAUACAGUAACAAGACAAAAACUCGAUGACGGACCCCUAGAAUUGGACAAAGAAAUAACAUCGCCAAAUUUUAUGCGAAGAUCUAACGAUGAUGUUACCUUCCUUUCAGCAUGUGAAGAAAUGUAUCCUAAAGUCACAAAAGAAAUAACACUUAGAGAUUGCCAGCGAGCGUUUAAUGACCAUAACCUAAUACCUUCACAUUCGGUCUAUGCCAUAAACAUGGAAAGAAUUACACAGAUGCUACAUUAA